GGGGGGUUCUUCGAGUCGUUAGAGGGAGAGAGAUACGGAUUCGAGGGUUUCGUUUUCACCACCUCGAUCUCUUUCUUUUGGUUUGGGUUUAUUACGGAGGUAAUAGAUGGAGGAGAACAGGAACUCUGAGGCUCCGUUGAGCUCUUUGGCGUCGGAGGAGAAUUGUGGGGAUUCGACGAUGAUCCCCACUGUUUCUAGCCCGGUGAAAUCAUCUCGUUCCAACAAGAGGGUAACUGGCCCGAUAAGGCGAGCUACGGGUGGUUGGACCCCGGAAGAGGACGGGGAAUUGAUGAAAGCAGUUGAAAUUAACAAGGGAAAAUGCUGGAAGAAAAUAGCUGAAGGUUUUCCUGGCAGAACAGAUCAGCAAUGUCAGCACAGAUGGGCAAAGGUUCUUAAUCCUCAUCUCGUUAAAGGUUCCUGGACUCAUGAGGAAGAUAAUAAGUUAAUUCAUCUUGUAAAGAAGCAUGGACAAUCAAAAUGGUCUAUAAUUGCAAAUUUUCUCCCUGGUCGCAUUGGAAAACAAUGCCGAGAGAGGUGGCAUAAUCAUCUGAACCCUGAAAUUAAGAAAGAUGCUUGGACUGAAGAGGAAGAAAUUAAGCUCAUAAAUGCUCAUCGUGUGCACGGAAAUAAAUGGGCAGAAAUAGCGAAGUUGCUCCCUGGAAGGACUGAUAACUCAAUAAAAAAUCACUGGAAUUGUUCUAUGAAGAAAAGGUUUGAUUUUUACAUGGCAAACGGCAAACUUCCACCCUCUCCAAAGUUUGAAUGCCAUGAGUCUUCGCAAACCGAAGCAAAAUUAACUAGUCAAGAAAGGAAUUUCUUCUUGGGUAAAGGUUCAGAUAAAAGUACUAAUUUUAGCUUGCUGGUAGACUCAUGCAAAUUGGAAAACCGCAUGGACUUAGAAAACCCAGCAGGUGUACCAGUAGGAAAGGGUGAUUCUGCUGUUGAUUACAGAACACAGACGGUCGAAGUUGAUCCUAUCUGUAACAAAGCUGUUUCAGAAGAAGUUUUUGGGAAGGGUCUUAAAAUGAUUGGAAUCAAUCAAGACAAGAGAAGCCCUAGCACAAUAUUAGAUUGUGAAAGUUCCCCCAUGUUUGAUUUAAUUUGCUAUGAGCCACUUCAAUUAGAAGAUUUUGGUGCUUCCGUAAUGUUUUCUCAGUCAUGCAAAUUAGAAAGCCACAAGCGCCAAAUUGGAAAACAAGAAGGAUUGUCCUUGACGGUACGGAAUUGUCACCUAGGAUCUUCAAUUGGUUUAUCACUAAGAAGUGAUGAUUCUGAUGUUAGAGACAAAAAACAGAGCGAGGAAAUUGGCCCUACAUUUAAAAAAGCUGAUUUGGGGGAAAAUUUGGGGAGAAUUUACAAAAUGGGUGAGACUGAUCGACCCAAGAAAAGAACUCGAUCAAUCUUAAACAAUGAAGGCACUCCUAUCUUUGGCUCUAUUUGCUAUGAACCUCCACAUUCAGAAGAUCUCGGUGCUUCUAUAUUAAGAACUCCCCCUUCUGGUGGUGGGAAAGUUUCAAAGGUGCAGAGUUAUCAGAGUGUUCUCAAAAGUGCAGCAGAAUGCUUUUUAAAAUUGGGUGCACCCUCUAUUUUAAGAAGCAGCAAGAGGGAAACACAAACUCCUCUUUCUCCUCUUGAUGCGUCUUCUACUUCAAUGAAAAGCAACGAUGGGAAUAUUGACAAGAUAUACAAAUCAACAAUAUCCACAUUAGCCACAAGUUGUUGUCGUGAUAGUGGAGCCAUAUCUGAUGAUGGAAAUAGUUAUGGUCCGUCUCCUCCCUAUCAACUAAGGUCAAAAAGAGCUGCAGUCCGCAAAUCUUUAGAGAAGAAGCUUGAUUUUUCAUUGAAGGAUGAUGAUUUCAAUACCAAUUCCAAAAUUUGACACCAACUUUACUGACGCACAAUUUGGUUGCAAGUUUAACAACCAAGUUUGACCCAAUUCAGAAUCUCAAGCUAUAAUCUCCCAAGCUUGAUUAGAGAAGUAGUAGUGAAGACACAAGUUCUCUUCAUCGGCUGCUCUGGGAUCUAGUUUUUCUUUUUUUCCUUUUUUUUUUCCUUUAGAACAGAUAGAUUUCUUGUAGAAUGUGUCCACAAUCCCUCUACUAUGAUAUUGCAACUUGGCCCCUAUGCUCUCAAAUCAGUAGUAAAAUGUUUUAGUGAAAAGGAUAAGGACCAUGUCGCAAUAUGAGGAUAUAGGGGACUAUCGAUUCAUUUUACUCAUAGAUAGAUGUCCUCUUUCUGGGGGAGGACAUUCAUUUUCACUUUGUACAUAAUACAUUCUGCAGCAAGUGUACAUAAAACUAGAAUAAGAGCAUUCUAGUGCUUGUUUGCCUUGAAUUUUAGAUCAGCUUUUCUGUUUUGAGAAGCAGAAGCAACCAAGUCGUUGCCAAACACUCAAAACUCAUUUUCACUUUGUACGUAAUACAUUCUGCAGCAAGUGUACAUAAAACUAGAAGUUGAA